GUGCGUCUGCGUCUGACUGGAGUGCAGACAGAAGAUCUAGUCCACAGCAGCUCACAGAUUCUGCACAAAAAUAAUUGAGGAUUGUUUAGUUUUUUCUCUUUAUGAAGACUUGAUCAGUUGUUCCCGUUUGGAUGAACUCUUCAGUCAAGUGAGUUUCAGCAGAUUUAUGGUCUCAGAAUGAGUUGGGAUAAGCUCUACACCCUGUUGGGUGGAGUCAACAAACACUCCACCAGUUUGGGGAAGAUCUGGUUGUCUGUUCUCUUCAUCUUCCGCAUUACCAUCCUGGUUCUGGCUGCAGAGAGCGUUUGGGGGGACGAGCAGUCGGACUUCACCUGCAACACCCAGCAGCCUGGAUGCAAAAAUGUCUGCUAUGACCACUUCUUUCCUGUGUCGCACAUCCGCCUGUGGUGCCUGCAGCUCAUCUUUGUCUCCACGCCAGCCCUGCUGGUGGCCAUGCAUGUUGCCUACAGGAAACGCGGGGAUAAGAGGACCAUACUGGCCUCCAAUGGCACAGAAAAGAUGUCCAGUACUGAUCUUGAGACUCUGAAAAGGAGGCGUCUACCCAUCACAGGUCCUCUGUGGUGGACCUACACCUGCAGCCUGUUCUUCAGGCUCAUCUUUGAAGGCGGCUUCAUGUACGCUUUGUACUUUGUCUACGACGGCUUCCAGAUGCCCCGGCUCGUGAAGUGUGAACAGUGGCCUUGUCCUAACAAGGUGGACUGCUUCAUCUCCAGACCGACAGAAAAGACUGUCUUCACCAUCUUCAUGGUGGCCUCAUCUUCCAUCUGCAUGAUGCUGAACGUGGCUGAACUUUGCUAUCUCAUCGGUAAAGCUCUCAUAAGGUGUGCAGAGAGGUCAAAACGGAGGAAGCGUCCCUUCGCUGAAAGUGCAACCCGGGAAAAUGAGAAGAACGAGAUGCUGCUGUCGUCCUCCACUGAUUCUGCCAGCAUCAAGACAGUACUGACGAGUAAAGAGAAAGACGGAGUGUAGACCCGUCCUCAAAGUGGGAGUCCACAGUUUGAGUCAGAGCAGGGCUUCAGUGUGAGCAGCAGACAGAAGGGAUGUGAGGUUUCCACGGGGAGUCAGGAGUGUCUUCAAGUUUUUGCCGCUUUAUUCUGAAGGAGUUCUACCCAUUUCAUUCACUGAUAAGCUAAUUUCAACUCCUAGUGUUUAUAUUUGAUUCAGUUCUGAUAAAUGAGUUCUCCAAUCAGGUUGUACGGCGCUAACGUGAAAAUCACACCAACAAAUCACCCAAUGCAAGAAAACAUUUCAGAUCACAAAAGCAAUUAAGGAAGCAAAAAAAAAAAUUAAAAAAGGAUAUCACAUUUUAUAAAUAAAAUGAAAAAAACAAAUAUCAAAUACAAUGUUUUGGACGACAAACGUAAUUUACAGGAUUGGAUAUAAUGUUUGUCCAUCAUUUCAGCAGAAAGUUAUUUGGUUUAAAUCCGGUUCUGCAACAGGAAAGGAGCCAUUUAGGUUUGUUUUCUACUGAUCAAAAUUUAGGAGCCGCAAAGUCUUAUUUUAGUACUGCUGUACAUUCAUUACAAUGUAUUUUUUAAUUAUAAAUUUGAAUUAUGUUUCUUUUGUAGCAUAAAUAAGAACAGAAACAUAAAAAAACUACCACUUUCUUAACACUUUAAAUUAUUUUUUACGUUUGACAGAAGCUCGGAUAAUUUCCUUUCAAAAUAAAAGACGCCUUUUGCCACACCGGAUCAUAACAGUGCAGCUCUGGACUGCAUAAGAUAAUAUGUGCUUUAAACUAAUAAAGGAUCAGACUUUCUACCAAAGUUUUUCUUAGUAUUUGAGUAUUUUUGAGGAAUCCGAGAGCAACCAAGACCUCUUCAAGUUAUCAGGGAUGUAAUUCCUUUGCAUAGUUUAUCUUUGAGGAGCAUCUCUGACAUAAAUGUAUAAACUUAAUUAAUUAAAAUGAAAUAAAUGCUGAUUUAGGAACCCUUACUUGAAAAAGUUCUGUUAUUUUGUUUUUCUUUAGCCAGAGAGCCACUAUGGAGAGGUAAAAGAGCCACAGGUGGCUCCGGAGCCGCCGGUUGCAGACCCUUGGUAUAAAACGAUACGAUAAGCUCUGUACUAAUAAUAAAACUUUGUGAACAUUUAUUUAAAAAUAUAUAAUCAAGAAUCAAGUGUUAUCAUCCAAUCAGUGAUUAUGCAAUAGUUCCUACCUUUUACGUUUCAUUUUUUUAACAUUUCAUUUUAAUUUUUGGCAAUUAUUUUGCUUUCUACAUUUUUUGGAUGUUCACUUUGGUUUCCACAGUUUUUUUUUUUUGUUUUUUUUUUCAUCAUUUCUUUUUUUAAUCAAGUGAAUUGUUGGUGUGAUUUGCACUUGAGGGCCACCGUACGACUUAUCUAAAAUGUUUUCCAUCACUCCAUUUGAUGCAUUAGAAAAAGUUUACGAAACACCUUCUUCCCAGACAGGGACCCUUAAUCAGAAUGAAACCAGCAACUUUCAAAUGAAGAGGCUCAAAGAUACAGAGAAGCCUCUACUGACAUCUAGUGGUGAGACUGAAACACCCACAGCAGGAAGAUACUUCCUCGCUGUCUGUUCAUUUGAUGUAAAGUGAAAUACAGGAGGAUGCCGUUUAUAACAGCUGAUAGUUUGAUUUUAAAUUUUCUUUAACUGUAACAGAAUAGAGUUGAUCAUCAUAAAGAUUCUGCUGUUUUAAAAAUCAAUACAUUUCUUUUUUUUUCUGAGUUUAUGAAAAAGGUCUAACACCUUUCAUGGAUUGUAUAUUUUUCUUAAAAAAUACUGCACUUGAAAAACUUUAUACUAAUGCUUCCUAUUUUAAUAUACUUGGCAUUUGAUAAAUAGGGGGAAAAGGUGAAUUCUAUAACAAUCUAUAUAAAAUGAUUUUAUUGGAAACUAACUCAUGACAGGUGCUUCUGCUAGUGUUUAAAAUAUAUUCUAUGAAAUUUACUUUAUAAAACACAAAGCUAUAUGUUUUAUUUGACUUUUUGUUUUAAUUCAGAGAGUUUAUGGAAGAAAUACAACAUCAGAAAUGUGCCAAACUAAAUGCAAUGCAGAUUUAUAUCUGAUGUGCCUUAAAGCUGAAGACCUGCUCUGUCAUUUGGACCUGUGCUGUUCCUGUGUUGUGUGCUCACUCCAGCUGACUGUAUCAGCUUUCAGCAUGUUUUAUUUUAGACCCAACACUAAUCAGUGCUCAGCCUUUCACUAGGACUGAGCUCAAAUUAAAAAAAAGUCUUUGUCCAUCCAGGAAUAGCUGAGUUGGAUCACAUCUGUGCUUUUCUUAAAAAAGAAAGCUGGUGUGAAAACAACGAGCUUAAACAAAUCCUAGCUGCUGGUGUCAGAGACUGGCCGGGCCGUCAGACAUGUAAAUCCUGACUUUAUAUACACUGUACUGUGUUAUUAUGUUAUGUAACUGCUAUUGCAGCUCAGCAAAAAGUCGUGACUAAAUGUCACUUGUCUUGAAUGUUUCGCUCUUGAGGACACGGCGUGAUUUGCAGAAUUGUUGUAUUUAUGCAUUGAUCUUUGACCUCUUUGAGCAGCUGUUUGUUUUGAAUUUUUUUUGUUUUUUUGGAGCAAUCAUAAUCAACACAGACAACAACUCCCUGUACUUCUCAAUCUAAUAGUCUGCUUUAAACCUUUGGGAUAGAAGAAGAGCUUUCUGGGAAAUAACACGAUUAAAUGAAAUCUUUGGGGUUUUCCAACAAUGUUUUAGUACUUUGCACUUUUGAGCUCGUCUCUUUUUUAUUAAAUCAAUACAAACAUAAAGAUAAAAA